CGAAGAUGGGAGAGUCAACCUACUCCGGAUGAUUUAUUGUGGCUGAACCACUGUCUAUACGAUCCCUCAGCGACAUCAUGCGGUACCCAUGGAAUGACAAUCUCGGUUUGGCUAUCUCUACAGUCUGUCAGUAAGUCACGCAUCCGUUACAUCUUCAACUCGGGCGAUGCCGGGGACAGUGAAGUCUCCGCUGUUAUGGACGGACAUGGAUGGGCCAUUUUCACGCGAGGUUGUCUAAUUGGUGCCUCGGUUUCCAUGGGAAGUGAAGACUGGAGUCUCAUUUUGGAUUCGAAAACUUACAGUCUGGUAUGGAAUGACUUUGGACUAUUCUUCAGGAUGGUUUUCACUAUAUACUGUAUUACUCCUAUUUUGCGUUAUAAGAAAUUUGUGGAAAACCUGUAUAUAGAGAAGGAGCAGACAACGGGUGACAAUCUUGAUAUCAGUAGGCUGAAAUUAUGA